AUGGCGAUGGUGGCACAGGCGGGCUUCGGCCUCACCCGCGUCGUCAUGCUCGUCGGCGCGGGCGUGGCCGGCUCCGUCGUCCUACGAAACGGCCGCCUCUCGGAGAUCCUCACCGAGAUACAGGAGUUUCUGGAGAAGGGGGAGAUGGGUAAGGGAGGUGGUGGUGGUGCGGACCACGGCAUCAACGACGCGCUCAACGAGGUGCGCCAACUGGCUAUGCAGGUACGCAAUCUAGGUUCUCCACGUUCGAUAACUGUUCUCAGUGGAGGUUCUGGACAAACAGGAGUAUCAGGAUUAAUAGUACCUGCAGCAACUGUUGGAGCACUGGGUUAUGGUUAUAUGUGGUGGAAAGGCAUCUCCUUUGGGGACUUAAUGUAUGUCACCAAGCAAAACAUGGCAAACGUUGUUUCAAGUAUGACUAAACAUCUGGAGCAAGUUCAGAGCUCUCUUGCUGCUGCUAAAAAGCAUUUGACACAACGCAUUGAGAAGUUGGAUGACAAAUUGGAUCAGCAGAAGGCGCUUUCUGGGCAAAUAAAAGAUGAUGUUACUGGCGCACGACUGAAGCUUGAGAAUAUUGGUUCAGAGAUUAAGAACAUCAAAGAAUUGGUCUGGGGACUGGAUGAGAAGAUGGAUUCAAUGGAAGCCAAACAGAAUUUUUCAUGCGCUGGUGUGAUGUACCUCUGCCAAUUCAUAGAGCAAAGUGGUGGGAAGCUCCCUGAACGCCUGGAAGGCAUUAAACCAUCAGCAAAGCGAUUUGAAACAAUUGGCAUACAGGGGUUGCAACUAGCCAUAGAAACAGGGAAUUUUAGUGAUUUCAGCAAUGCUGAUUCCACUGACAAGAUAAGCAGCAAGUCGACAACCCGUGCCCUGUUUUGUAGGUCCAACUCGUUGAAGUCUGCCAACUAA